AUUACUUAACUGUAUUUCCCAGAAUUCAUAGUGGCAACUUGUAGUCGCACCAGCCAAUGGAGGGCACAAAACACAAUCACGUGGGUAGAAGUCGCCGCAUGGUCGUUUCGUUUUGAAGGUGAAGUGCUUACCGCUCCGCUCUUCUCAGUAGUUUCAGCCUGAAGAUGUCGUCCCUGUCUGCUGCCAGUGUGGAGCCUCCUCCCACCCCUGAGAACACGGAGAAGAAGCCCCUGAAACCAUGCUGUGCCUGUCCUGAGACCAAGAAGGUCAGAGAUGCUUGCAUUAUUGAAAAGGGCGAGGAGAACUGUGGCGACCUCAUCGAGGCGCAUAAGGAAUGCAUGAGGUCUCUGGGGUUUAAGGUGUAGCUGCUUGUGUUUUUGUGUGAGUGUGGCUGUGAGUGGAAGAAGACCUGGAUAUCCCUUUUUCAUGCUCUUAUUUAUACCUCCUCUGCAAGGGAAAUGUGAUCUCAAGCGCUUGGCCUGAAUGGAGAGUUCUUUUAGAGUCUUUGUUUUCUUCUGUGUGAAUAUUUAAAAGGUUGUUUGAAAAUAAAGUGAACUCCUAUGCAA